AAACUCAGGUAAGGUUUUUUGUCCGUUUUCCUUAUGUCAACGGGAUCUAUAGAUGAGAAUCUCUAAUUCUAGAUGACACCCAUUUGUUACUUGGAGGUAGGGCUAUCCCACGACCACGAGCAAGCGUGAAGUAUGUAUCAAAAUGAUAUCCCAAGAUACGAAGCUUUAACCACAACAUUGAUGGUCCUGAUGACAACACACCCAACAAAAAAUGGCGACACCAUAACGACAUCUUUCCCUCCUAAACCAUAAGCUGAUGGGCAUGAGCGAGCAACGGCCAUAGAUACCGGUGAGCUAUGUUCUCACAUCUCCGCCACCCCCACGACAUCCUCCCUUUUCUUACCUUCAACUUCAACACCCGACGGCGACUGCCACCAAUCUUCCGUUGCUUUAAGUGCAGCUGUAGUAAUGAAGAACCAAAAUCUUAUUCAACUCGUUUCCUUCCUCCCAAACCUUCUCAUUCUCGUCUCCCACCUCUCCCAUUCCUUCGCGCUCUCUCUUCCAAUCCUAGUAUGGGUUCUCAAUCUACCGUCGCAGAUUUUCCCUUACAGUACCCUUUCGCCCGAAGAGAUGAAUCGGUCGUCGAUGACUAUCAUGGCGUUAAGAUAUCUGAUCCGUAUCGAUGGCUCGAAGACCCCGAUGCCGACGAAGUCAAAAAUUUCGUUGAGAAGCAGGUAAAAUUGACGGAUUCGGUGCUUGCUACAUGUGAUACGAGAGAGAAACUUCGCCAGGAGAUUACGAGGCUUUUCGAUCACCCUCGGUUCGAUGUCCCGUUCAGGCGGGGGGAUAAAUAUUUCUACUCUCAUAACACCGGUCUUCAAGCGCAGAGCGUCCUCUAUGUGCAGGGUAGUUUAGAUGCGAAGGCAGAGGUUUUGCUCGAUCCCAAUGCGCUUAGCGAGGAUGGAACUGUUGCUCUGAACGCAUAUGCCAUUAGCGAGGAUGCUAAGUACUUAGCUUACGGGCUUAGUUCUAGUGGCAGUGAUUGGGUGACAAUCAAAGUAAUGCGGGUCGAUGAUAAGACCGUCGAGCCUGAUACUCUAUCCUGGGUUAAAUUUUCGUCUAUCAGUUGGACUCAUGAUAAUAAAGGGUUCUUCUAUAGCCGCUUUCCGGCUCCUAAGGAAGGAGAAAAGUUAGAUGCCGGUACCGAGACGGAUGUUAAUCUUUAUCACGAGCUUUACUAUCAUUUCUUGGGUACGGAUCAAUCCGAAGACAUUCUGUGCUGGAAAGAUUCCGACAAUCCAAAAUAUCUGUUUUCAGCCCAAGUAAUGGACGACGGGAAGUAUGUGCUACUGUAUAUAGAGGAGGGAUGUGAUCCAGUCAAUAAGCUUUACUACUGUGACAUAUCUGCACUUCCAGAUGGAGUUGAAGGUUUUAAAGGCAGAAAUGAAAGGCUUCCCUUUAUCAAGCUUGUUGACAAUUUUGAUGCCAGUUAUCAUGCUAUUGCUAAUGAUGGAACCCUGUUUACCUUCCAAACUAAUAAAGAAGCUCCAAAGUAUAAGCUAGUUCGGGUGGAUCUCAAUGAACCAAGUGUCUGGACUAAUGUCCUCGAAGAAUCUGAAAAGGAUGUGCUAGUAUCAGCCAAUGCUGUCAACAGUAACCAGAUUCUGGUACGCUACUUGAGUGAUGUCAAGUACGUUCUGCAGAUAAGAGACCUGAAAACAGGUUCACUGCUACAUCAUUUGCCUAUUGAUAUUGGCACGGUAUAUGGGAGUUCUGGAAGGCGCAAAGACAAUGAGAUCUUUAUUGGGUUCACCAGCUUCCUUACACCUGGUAUUAUUUAUCAGUGCAAUUUAGAAACUGAGGUCCCAGAAAUGAAGAUAUUCCGGGAAAUUGUUGUUCCUGGAUUUGAUCGCAUGGAAUUCCAGGUUAAUCAGGUUUUUGUAGGUAGCAAGGAUGGUACCAAGAUACCAAUGUUCAUUGUGUCUAGGAAGAAUAUCAUUUUGGAUGGGUCACAUCCUUGUUUAUUAUAUGGUUAUGGUGGAUUUAAUAUUAGCAUUACACCAUCAUUUAGUGUCAGCCGCACCAUUCUUAUGAGGCAUUUAGGUGCUGUCUUCUGCAUAGCCAACAUUCGUGGUGGUGGAGAAUAUGGAGAAGCAUGGCAUAAAGCAGGAUCACUUGCAAAAAAGCAGAAUUGCUUUGAUGACUUCAUUUCUGCUGCAGAAUUUCUUGUCUCUGCUGGUUAUACCCAACCAAAGAAGCUAUGCAUUGAAGGUGGAAGCAAUGGUGGACUUCUUGUUGCAGCUUGCAUUAGUCAGCGGCCUGAUCUUUUUGGUUGUGCUCUGGCUCAUGUUGGUGUUAUGGACAUGUUGCGUUUCCACAAGUUCACAAUAGGCCAUGCAUGGACUUCUGAUUUUGGUUGCUCAGAUAAGGAAGAAGAAUUCCAGUGGCUAAUUAAAUACUCACCGCUUCAUAACGUUAGAAGACCAUGGGAACAACUUCAUGAUAAGACUUGCCAGUACCCAUCUACAAUGCUUUUGACAGCUGACCAUGAUGAUCGUGUUGUACCACUACAUUCAUUGAAGUUAUUGGCAACCAUGCAAUAUAUCCUCUGCAACAGCUUGGAGAAGAGCCCACAAACCAACCCGAUCAUUGGUUGGAUUGAUCGUAAGUCUGGGCAUGGAGCUGGACGUCCUACUCAGAAAUUGAUUGAUGAAGCUGCUGACCGGUAUAGUUUUAUGGCUAAGAUGUUGGGUGCAUCUUGGAUCAAGUAAGAGGUGUUGAUAAAACGGGUUUUAAAUCUUGGUAUUUUAGAUUAUGGCUCACAACUCAACAAUGUUGAAAUGCGAUUAGGUUAAAGGAAUACACUACAUACUUGAAUUCAUAUUGGUAUAGUUGGGAGCCCACUGCUUGAGGUUUGUGUUAAUGAAGUCUUGGGUUGGAAAGUAGAUUUCACAUUGUUCAUCGAUAUCACCGGGAUAAGGAGGUGGGUGGGUUAGAUGUUGCAUGAAAGUCUGCAACUUGAACCGCAAUCCCAUAUUUGACUGUCUACUGUAAUAUAUAGUGCCUUUGAUUUACAGUGGGGCAAUCUUAGAACAUGUUUUCAUGUCUGAAGUGUAUACGUUAAAUCCAUAUUUUACAGUGGGGCAAUCCUACAUGUCCCUAAUGUGAGGUAUCGUAUUGUUGUUAAGCCAUAGCCAUUUGAAUGAUAUAGCAUUUAUAUGUUUCUAAUCCUAUCA